GCCUGAAAUGCCUCACUACCGGAAGUGACGGCGCUGGGUGGGCCGAGUAGGCUGUACUCUCUUUCUCUUUGCACGCGGUUGAGGAGACCGGUUGACCUGGGCAGCGUGUGCUGAGUGAUGCCAGGAAAACUCCGUAGUAACGCCGGUUUGGAAUCGGACAUGGCCAUGGAAAAGAAAGGAAACGAGAAGAAAGGUAGAAAGGAGAAGCCAAAAUCUAACAAGACUGAAGAGUCAGAAGGAAAGGAAGAAACUGUUUCUUCCAAAGCUAAAAAUGUUAAGAAGAAAGUAGGACCUUCUGAAGUUGAUGUGAAUCCUUCUGAAUCCAAAAAGGCCAAAAAACAAGAUGAACCACCUCAAGAUGAAGUUGUUUCCCCUAAAACCAAAAGUACAAAAAAGCAAAAGGAGCCCCUGGAAAAGAAAGUUGUCUCUCCUAAAACCAAAAAAGUGAUAAAAAAUGAGGAGCCUUCUGAAGAAGACAUAGGUGCUCCUAAGCCCAAAAAGAUGAAAAAAGAAAAGGAAGUGAAUGGAGAAAUUGGAGAGAAAAGCCCCAAACUGAAGAAUGGAUUCUCUCAUCCCAAAGCUGACUCCAGUGAUGCUGCCAGUGAAGAAAGCAACAGUGAGAUAGAGCAGGAAAUACCUGUGGAACAAAAAGAAGGUGCUUUCUCUAAUUUUCCCAUAUCUGAAGAGACUGUUAAGCUUCUCAAAGCUCGUGGGGUGACCUUCCUGUUUCCUAUACAAGCAAAGACCUUUCACCACGUCUAUAGUGGGAAAGACUUAAUUGCACAGGCGCGGACAGGCACGGGGAAGACGUUCUCCUUUGCCAUCCCUUUGAUAGAGAAACUUCAGGGGCAGCUGCAAGACAGAAAGAGAGGCCGUGCCCCCCAGGUACUUGUUCUUGCUCCUACAAGGGAGUUGGCAAAUCAAGUAAGCAGAGACUUCAGUGACAUCACAAAAAAGCUGGCAGUGGCUUGUUUUUAUGGUGGAACUCCAUAUGGAGGUCAAAUUGAACGAAUGCGGAAUGGGAUUGAUAUCCUGGUUGGGACUCCAGGUCGUAUCAAAGACCACCUACAGAAUGGCAAGCUGGAUCUCUCCAAACUUAAGCAUGUUGUCCUGGAUGAAGUUGACCAGAUGUUGGAUAUGGGUUUUGCUGAACAAGUGGAAGAUAUUUUAUGUGUGGCAUACAAGAAAGAUUCUGAAGACAAUCCUCAAACACUGCUUUUUUCUGCAACUUGCCCAAGUUGGGUAUUUAAUGUUGCUAAGAAAUACAUGAAAUCUAUAUAUGAACAAGUGGAUCUGAUUGGUAAAAAGACUCAGAAAACAGCAAUAACUGUGGAGCAUCUGGCUAUUAAGUGCCACUGGACUCAGCGGGCAGCAGUUAUUGGGGACGUGAUUCGAGUGUACAGUGGCCAUCAAGGGCGCACUAUUGUCUUCUGUGAAACCAAGAAAGAAGCCCAGGAGCUGUCACAGAAUGCCUCAAUAAAGCAGGAUGCCCAGUCAUUACAUGGAGACAUUCCACAGAAACAAAGGGAAAUCACCCUGAAAGGUUUUAGAAAUGGUGAUUUUGGAGUUAUGGUGGCAACCAAUGUUGCUGCACGUGGGUUAGAUAUCCCUGAGGUUGAUUUGGUUGUACAAAGCUGUCCACCAAAGGAUGUAGAGUCCUACAUUCAUCGUUCUGGGCGGACGGGCAGAGCUGGAAGGACAGGGGUUUGCAUCUGCUUUUAUCAGCACAAGGAAGAAUAUCAGUUAGCACAAGUGGAGCAGAAAGCGGGAAUUAAAUUUAAACGAAUAGGUGUCCCUUCUCCAACAGAAAUAAUAAAAGCUUCUAGCAAAGACGCUAUCAGGCUUUUGGACUCUGUGCCUCCCACUGCCAUUGGCCACUUUAAACAGUCAGCUGAGAAGCUGAUAGAAGAGAAGGGAGCUGUGGAGGCCCUGGCAGCAGCGCUGGCCCACAUUUCAGGUGCCACAUCAGUAGACCAGCGUUCCUUGAUCAACUCAGAGGCAGGUUUUGUGACCAUGAUCCUGCGGUGCUCAGUUGAAAUGCCAAACAUCAGUUACGCUUGGAAAGAACUUAAGGAGCAACUGGGAGAGGAUAUUGAUUCCAAAGUGAAGGGAAUGGUCUUUCUCAAAGGAAAGCUGGGUGUUUGUUUUGAUGUCCGUACUGCUGCAGUCACAGAAAUACAGGAGAAAUGGCAUGAUUCAAGACGCUGGCAGCUUGCUGUGGCCACAGAACAGCCAGAGCUGGAAGGAUCACGAGAAGGAUUUCGAGGCUCCCGGGGUCGGGAAGGUGGCCGUGGCUUCAGGGGACAGCGAGAUGGAAGCAGAGGCUUCAGGGGACAGCGGGGGGGAGGAAACAGAAACUUCAGGGGACAGAGAUCAGGAGGUGGCAAUAAAAGUAACAGAUCCCAAAACACAGGUCAGAAGCGGAGUUUUAGUAAAGCAUUCGGUCAGUGAUGAGGAGGAGAGGGUUUAUAUGGCAGAAACAGAACUAUGUUUGGCAACAUGGAACUGAAUGCUAUUUUUCACACAAUUAAAAGUACAUUGUGCUUCCUUUUGACCACUUGGCCAGUCCCCAUCCCUUGCAGAGGGGCGGGAUUUGUCUAAAUUAUUUCAUUUGAUCAUUGUCGUUUGUAACUAUUGCUACUUCUUUUUAUCAGGUUUUCAUUUGAAAAGAAAAUGAAUUCAUUACAUCUUUAUUCUAAUACACAUUGUCUAGAUUAUAAGAUAAAAUCAAGCACAUAUCUCCCUAUAUUGUACGUAUGAGUUGAUCUUUUUUAUUUUUGUAAUACUGAGGAUUGAACCCAAGGCCUCUCACAUGCUAGGCAUGUGCCCUACCACUAAGCUAUGUCCCUAGCCCCCAGAGUCUCUGUAGUGUCCUUCUCUAAACUAAAUGCCUAAGGGAAGCAGCAAUCUCUGGAUUGACCACUUUAUACUUUGAAAGCCAAGGCUUUCAUCUGUAAUUGUCAUUCCUUGGCCUCCUGCUAAACAAUUACUUGCGUGGUCCUGUAACAUGUCUUCUGAGAACUAAUGCGGAGCAAUGUUUUAAAGUGAGAUUUCAAGGGCCCGGGAUUUAGCUCAGUGGUGCUGCUGCCUGCCUUGAAAGUGCAAGGUCCUGAGUUCGAUCCCCGGUACUAAAAAAAAAAAAAGAAAAAGAAAUGAGAUUUUAAACUUAGUUGAGCUGUAAGUUUGGGGUUGUUUUAGUACUGGGGAUGGAACUCAGGUCUUUGUGCUUGCGAGGCAGGUUGCGGAACCCCUGAGCUAAAUCCCUGGCCCUGAGCUGUUUUUUGCUUGUAUAUGCUCUAGAUUUGGAGGAUGAAAUACAUUCAGUAUAGAUUACCCAUAUUUGUAUGCAUUUUGAUAGACUUAGCUCCUCGUAUGGUUAUUGAUGCUUCAGUGAAUUCUUCAGAUAGUAUACAUAGAAGUACAUUUUAAUGGGGAGCCAGGGACCUUAAGGAAUUUCCAGUGUAUAAGAUGGCUCCAUAGCUUUCUUUGUAAAUAAGGAGACUGGAUAAAUAGAGUUUAAAUGUUUGUGCUCCACUUCUUCCUACUGAAAGAUGAACAUUGUUUACCAAGAAGGAAUUAAAGGAAGUGAGGUUGCAGUCUUACAGUGCUGAAGAGUAUGUCAGCACCUUAGUGUAUCAUGAAUAUAUCAAGAGGUUAACUUUUUUUUCUUUUUUUUUUGUAUUUCGGGUUUGCUGAUAAUCUUUACUCAAAUAUGACAACCUUACUCCCUUUGGAGCUUUGUGUCCACUACAAAUUUUAGUUAAAAUUCUUCAUUACAGUUCUGGGUUUUUUUUGGUACCGGGGAUUGAACUCAGGUCCUUGUACUUGCGAGGCAGGCGGCGGAACCACUGAGCUAAAUCCCCAGCCAUGAUAAUCUUUAAUAUACCUACUUGUUUUUUUUUCUAUCGUGGAUCGAACUCAGGACCUUGUACUUGCCAGGCAGGCGCAGCACCACUGAGCUACAUCCCCAGCUCAAGAAGUUAACUUCUGACAGGCAGCAUGAAGUCUUAAAGAUAAAAUAUGUUUAUGGGAAUCUUGGGACAAACUUUGAAGGAAAAUUAAAACUACAUGGUUGGGGACUGGGGAUUUAGCUCAGUGGUUCCGCCUCCUGCCUCGCAAGCGCAAGGACCCGAGUUCGAUACCUGGUACCAAAACAAACAAACUACAUGGUUUUUCUCAUUUUCAUUGUUACUUUGAAAAAUCUAGGGUCUGUUUUCUGUUUAAUUCCUGUCUGCUGUUACUUAGCACCUUGCAGAGAGGGCCCUAAAAGCCAACUCAGUGCCUGAUGCUGAGGCAACAUCCUUUUUCUGUCUGCACUUCAGCUUUAUCCUUGAAUCCUGACCAGUGUCUCCUGCCCUCUUAGAAUUCUCUUGGCUUAAAAAACAACAACAACAACAACAAAAACCAGGGCCAGGGAUUUAGCUCAGUGGUUUUGCUGCCUUGUGCUGCAAGUGCAAGGACCUGAGUUCGAUCCCCGGUACCAAAAAAAACAAAAAACAACAAUUCUCUUGGCUUUUAUUCCUUGGUCCAUUUGUCAGUUUUAUUGCUUUAUUCCUGUGACCCUCAUGGCACCCUGUCAAGCCACAGGGAAUUAGGGGAAAGUAUAGCCUCUGCACAUGUGCCUUGUGGGUUAUAAUUUAUCAGAUUCUGGUUUUGUCAAAAUGCUGGGCAUGCUUUAAUAACCAAAACAUUGCAAAAUUUAGAUAGGAAUAAAUGGCUUAUAAGGAUAUGGUAACUGAACAAUCAGGUAUGAGAGGGAAGGACUAGUAGCAGUUUCACCUUGUACAAUUUAAUUUUAAGAAAAACAUGAAGUUUCAGUAAAGGAAGCUAAUAUUCUGGAUCCCAGAACUCAAAUAUAUAAAUCUGUAAUUCAGCUUCUGUUUGAUUUAAAUGGGCUUAUUGGGCUAAUCUGGAAAACACUUAUUUUUACUAUUUUCUACAGAGAAAAUAUUUUCCAAUUUAUGUGUCAAACAGCUGAAUGACUUGAAUUACAACCAUGUUUUUAUGUUGGAGCUAUCUGUGCAGUAGUUUCUCUACGGUUGUACAUAAAAUGUUUUUACUAUAAAAUGAGUUAAUGUAUAAAAUACUACUUUAUGCCAUAAUAAAGAUAUUAGUGCUUUAUGUUUUGGA